UGUCCUUCCCCCGCGUAUCCAUUUGGCACCAUUGCCUACGUACGGUGCAAAAGAAGUUCAACAUACAUACAGACAUAACUGAUAUUGGCCAAAACAUCCCAAUCCUGUAAUUGUUUCCUACAAAUUGCUCAACUUUGGGAUCACACAGCUGUUGUCGUUAUUCUCAUGUCUGCAGAAAUCAUGGCUCUCUUUGGCCCUCACUUGACCAACCGUGAGAAGCUAGAACUCGCAGCCAUGCAGGAAGUGUGGUACUUUGCACUUUUCAACAAAUCUGAGGGAUGCAACAAUGAUGGAUACGACGACUACGAACGAAAUUACAUUCUGUUCCGGCAUGAGCACCUCCGCUAUCGCUAUGAGGUGCUGAAGAAGAUUGGAGAAGGAGGUCAAGGCCAGGUGAUCCAAUGCCUUGAUCACAAAAGAAACAUCCUGGUGGCCAUCAAGAUCCUGGUGUCACCAUCGAGCUCCAAGCAGGAAACAUACCAGAAGAUGGAGCUCCAGAUAGCUCUGGAACUUCAGGACGAGGGCAGUGAUGAAGAUUUCAACGUCAUCAAAGUUCUGAACAUAUUUCAUUUCCGAGGACACUACUGUAUCGUCAUGGAGCUGUUGAAGGAGAGCCUUCAUGAAGUGAUUAGGAAUGCGGGGCUCCGGCGGUUGGACAUGGCGAUGGUGAAAACCUACACCAGGGGUAUCCUCAAGUUCCUGCGCCACAUCAAUUCCAUGAAAAUCGUCCACGCGGACAUCAAGCCAGAAAAUGUUCUCGUCAAAGACAUUGUGACUGGCACCGUGAGGAUCACGGACUUUGGCACGAGCUUUUUCGUGGAAAGUCAACCUAUGAAUGUUGGUGGCACCCUAGAAUACUUGGCUCCGGAGCUGUUGCUGGGCUAUAGCUUGACAUGUGGAGUGGAUAUGUGGGCGCUGGGCUGCACGGUGGCGGAGUUGGCGACGGGCAGGGAAUUAUUCCGGUCCAACAGCCACGAAGAUCACCUCCCGCGCUGCAUAGAGAUUCUGGGGAUGCCUCCAAGGUACAUGGUGAAUGGAGCACCCGACAGAACGCAGUUCUUUGACCAUCGGGGGAAGAUGUUCUGCCCAGGCAAGAAAAGGGUUCCGGGGAGCUUCCCACUUCACAGGGUGCUCAAAAGCGAUGACCCGGAGUUUGUCGAAUUCAUCAGCUCCUGUUUGCGAUGGGAUCCGAAUUGUCGUAUGACGCCAGUGCAGGCGCUGGCUCAUAACUGGCUCCGGACUGCGGCCACCAGCACCACCACGGCCAGCAAAGCCACCACCACCACCGCUGCUGCUCCUGGCAGUGUGAAGCACUCUGGAGCUGCUGAGCGACGAGUGGAGCCGGCACAGCGCCCAUCCUCCUUGCUCGCCCAGGCCUCUAAAGAGAAGUUGAAGGUUGUGGAGGAAGAAGAGACCAUGGUGGAGGAGCUGGUGGUGCUGGAGGAGGAGGAGACUCUGGUGGAGGAGUUGGUGGUACAAGAGGAGACUCUGGUGGAGGAGUUGGUGGUACAGGAGGAGACCCUGGUGGAGGAGUUGGUGGUACAGGAGGAGACGCUGGUGGAGGAGUUUGUGGUACUUGAGGAGACGCUGGUGGAGGAGUUGAUGGUACAGGAGACGCUGGUGGAGGAGUUGGUGGUACAGGAGACGCUGGUGGAGGAGUUGGUGGUACAGGAGACUCUGGUGGAGGAGUUGGUGGUACAGGAGACUCUGGUGGAGGAGUUGGUGGUACUUGAGGAGACGCUGGUAGAGGAGUUGGUGGUACAGGAGACCCUAGUGGAGGAGUUUGUGGUACAGGAGACGCUUGUGGAGGAGUUGGAGAUACAGAAGGAGACCCUGUUGGAGGAGUUGGUGGUACAGGAGACUCUGGUGGAGGAGUUGGUGGUACAGGAGACUCUGGUGGAGGAGUUGGUGGUACUUGAGGAGACGCUGGUGGAGGAGUUGGUGGUACAGGAGACUCUGGUGGAGAAGUUGGUAGUACUUGAGGAGACCCUGGUGGAGGAGUUGGUGGUACAGGAGACCCUGGUGGAGGAGUUGAUGGUACAGCAGGAGAAGAGGAAGCAAGGGAGCCUGGCCCGCAUAGGGAGAGCCAUCCGCUCACUCCUCCGACGUGUGCUGCUUUGUGGUGGCCGGUCCACUGCACAGUAGGGGUGGUAGAGGUGGUGGAUUGGUGUGAACCCUGACGACUUUCACCACACUCAAAACACUCACCCUGCACCCAACCACCCUGUGAUACCCUCCACCCACCACCCACACCUUGCACCCACCCAGUCCUUGAUACCCCGCACCCACCACACACACCCUGCACCCACCCAGUCAGUGAUAACCCGCAUCCACCACACACACCCUGCACCCACCACACUCACCCUGCACCCACCACACACACCCUGCAUCCACCCACCCUGUGAUACCCUGCACCCACCACACUCACCCUGCACCCACCACACUCACCCUGCACCCACCCACCCUGUGAUACCCUCUACCCACCACCCACACCC